AUGUUUGUUUUUCUCUCAUCAAAUAAUAAUUCUUUAUCUUAUCUUAACAAUAAUUAUCAACCAAUUUGUUAUUAUGGAUUAAUACAACAUAAUAAUAAUUUAUUAAAUAUAAGAGGAGGAGUUCCUUUCCUUGAACCUCCAAGACUUAACACUCGACGUCGACUUUCUACCCGUCAAUCCCAAGAUGGAAGUAUUAUUAGCAUGUCUCGAAGACGUUCACUUUCACAUUGUUCUUCUUCCUCUACAAUUGCUUCUAGCCAUCCACAUAGAUAUUCUUCUGUUAAUGUUAAUCAACAACUUCAAGAACAACAACAAAUUAAUCCAAUAAAUAAUCAAACCCCGUCUAUGACGAGCUCAACAAGCGAAUAUGGAACUUUAAGAAGAAUCCCUGCAAAUACAGUUCAACAUCAACAGCCGGGAUUUGAACCAAAUACUCCACGUAUUUUAGUUAUUCCAAGAGGGCCUAAAGGUUUUGGAUUUAUUCUGCGUGGAGCUAGAUAUGCAGAUUCAAUGCAAUUAGAUUUUCGUCCAACAUUAACAAUUCCAGCACUUCAAUUCUUUGAAGGUGUAGAUAUGCAAGGAAUGGCAAUGCGCGCUGGUCUUAGACCUGGAGAUUUUUUACUUGAAAUUAAUGGAGUGGAUGUUAGGGCAGCAAGUCAUGAACAAGUUGUUGAAUUAAUACAUCAAUGUGGAGAUACAAUUACAUUAAAAGUUGUGACAAUAGAUGUUGAUCUUUUGGCAAGAGAACAACAAUUACAAAAUACUCAACAUUUACAACAACAAAUAUAUGCUAGUAGUUCGGGUAUUAAUUAUGCAACUGUUGGGAGAAGAAAUCAUUCUGUGCCAAGACUUAACGGUUCAUCUACAGUAGAAAAUCCAACAAAUUUGCCCCCUCCGCCUCCUCCCCCUCCACAACGUGAUCCAUCAACAACUCUUUCUUUUGGUCGACGUUCAUUUGCAGCUUCACAAUUUACUGCUGCAGUAGAUGUCCACAAUUAUUCUCCAAAUAAUUCAACACUUCCUUGUGAUGUUCUCCCAAAUUCUUCUGUUACUUUUCCUCAACAACAAUUAACUUUUGUACCAAUGGAACAACAAACUCGUUGUGCUUCUGUUAAAUUAACUAAAUCUGUUCGACGUAUUUCUGCUGCAGAAUUAGAGCAUUUAAUGGUACAACAAGGAAGUAGUAAUUCUUCUGAUAAUAAUAAUCAACAAAAACAACAAAUUGUUGAACAACAAAAUAAUAAUGUUGGAUUACCAAAAAAGUUUACUUCAGCUGAAAUGAAAAGACGUAAACAACAAAGUGUUCGUAAUUCAAAUUCAAAUAAUAAUGAUCAAAAUCAAUUAAUGAAAAGUUCAAUUUCAACACCAGAUUUACAAGCAGCCGAAGGAAAUGAAAAUAAUAUUUAUUCUGAAAAUAAAAACAAAAUAAUUUUAAGACCAAAAACUCCCCCUCCCCCGCCUCCCCAAAGUUUGUGGAAAAAUUCUAUUAAUUUGCGAGGAACAGAAGAACAAGAACAACAACAAUUACCUCCUCCUCCUUCACAACUUCCUUCACAAAAUUCUAAUAAUAAUAAUACUUCUGCUCCAAUUUAUGCCUCUACUGUUGUUGUUGUUCCUUCUUUGCCCCAACAAAAUAAUAAAUCUGGAGGAGGACCACCAGCCCCUCCACCCCCACCCCCUAUUAAUUUAUUACAAAAACAUUCACAACCAAGUACAUCUUCAAUAGCACCUACUAAACCUUUACAACCAAAAAAGCAACCAGAAACUACAAAUCCUGCCCCAGCUAGUGGAAUAAGUGCUGAAACACUUCGCUCUGUUCGUUUAAGACCUGUUAAGCAAACUUCCCCGACAAAAAACGAAAAUAAAAAUAUUCAACAAAAUUUAAAAACUUCUUUAAAUGAAGGAAAUGAAGGAGGAAAAAUAGCCCCUCCAAUAGAUUUUAAUUCUGAUUUACGUUCUGCUUUAGCUAGAAGACGUUCAAAAGUAAGAAUUGUUGAAGAAACAAGUGAAAGUGGAGGAAGUGGAAAUGAAGAUAAUAAUUUAAAGAAUAAUAAAAUUGUUGUUAAUAAUAUUGAAAAUAAUAAUGGAAAAGGACAACAACAACAAAAUGUUGGAAAUGGAGGAAUAAAUAAUAAUGGAGGAGGAGGAGGAGGAAUAUUAACUGGUCGAUAUAAUGGAGGUCUUAGUCUUCGUGAAUCUGUUUUAGAAAAUGUUAGUGGUGCUGCAGCUAAAUGUGGACAUGUUGGAGGUAAAAUGACAUCAAAUACUUCUUCACAUUCCCCACCAGGAGGAUUUAUUGGAACAAAAAAGGAUAGCGGAUAUACUUCUUCGAGAACAUCUUUAGAGCCUAGUGAAUGUGGAGAUUGUGAAAAUAAUAAUGGAAAUGGGGCAACAAUUGUAGCAUCUUCUUUAGUUAAUACACAACAUUCUUUACCUGUUAAACACAGGGUUAAUGUUUUGAGUCAACAAUUAAUUGAUCAACAAACAUCGACACAAUCACCUUUGUUAACAGGAAAUAAUAAUAAAUCUUUUUGCCCUGAAAGAGACAACAACAGUAUCGGCUCUUUUUUGCGAAUACCAGCUGUAGAUUAUGAUGACCAAUCAGAAAAUUCUUCUAUAAAUUCAAAUAAUCAUUUAGUAGAAGAACAACAACCUUCUUCUUCUUCUAACCAAUCUACUCCUAAAGAAGGAAAAGAAAUAAUUAGUAAAUCUUCUAUUAAAGAAGAAAUUGAAUUUAAAAAACAAAAUAGUGGAGAAUUUAAACAAAAAGCAAUAAAAGAAUGGACUUGUUUGGAUGUUUGUGAAUGGCUUGAAUAUUUAGAAUUGUCAGAACAUUGUUCAUCAUUUUGUGAAAUUAAAGGAAUUGAUCUAUUAUAUUUUGAUCGUUCAAAAUAUACAGCUUUGGGGGUUACAAGAAUUGCACAUCGACAAAAAAUGGAGAAAUCAAUUAAAGAUUUUAAAGAAAAAUAA